CGUGUCCAUGCUGCCGCUCCGCCGCUCCCUCGACGUGCACCUGUCCCGCCAAUCCCGCCUGCACAGGCCCGACGAUGCCAUGAACCCGCGCACCUUCCUCGACACAGUGCACACAUGGCGCCGCCCACGCUACUCGGCGCGCCCCUUCGCCCUCACCCUGCUCGCCGUCUCGCUCAUCGCCCUGCUCGCCUGGGCUAAGGACGCCCGCGCGCCCCAGCAUGGCAGCCCCGGCCUGCUCGCGCGCGACCUGGCCAUCGUCGACGAAGAGUGCCGCCUCGUCCACCACGCCGUCGACAAGUGCGCCUUUGUGCGCGCAAACUGCCCCGACGAGGAGGCCGGCGUCGUCUCGUACCUCUCCUUCUACUACUGCCGCCUGCCCCAUGCAAAGCCCGUCGCCUUCACCGUCCUGGCCCUCUGGCUCGGCGUCCUCUUCAGCACCAUCGGCAUUGCCGCCAGCGACUUCUUCUGCGUCAACCUCAACACCAUCUCGGGCAUGCUGGGCAUGAGCGAGAGCCUGGCCGGCGUGACCCUGCUGGCCCUGGGCAACGGCAGUCCCGACGUCUUCUCCACCUUUGCCGCCUUCCGCACCCACGCCGCGAGUCUGGCCAUUGGCGAGCUCAUUGGCGCCGCCAGCUUCAUUACCGCCGUCGUCGCCGGCUCCAUGGCCCUGAUCCGCCCCUUCAACGUCGCCCGCAGGAGCUUCGUCCGCGAUGUGGGCUUCUUCAUCGUCGCCGCUGCCUUCAGCAUGGGCUUCAUCGCCGACGGCGAGCUGCACCUCUGGGAGUCCGUCACCAUGGUCGCCUUCUACCUCUUCUACGUCGUAUUUGUCGUGGCAUGGCAUUGGUGGCUCAAUCAGCGACGCGCGCGGAGGCUCAAAACGGCUGCCAUGAGAAGCCAGUAUGUCAUGCCUGGUGGGGACGAGGAAGAUGUUCCGCAGUAUCACGACGACGAGGAAACACCUGCAACACCGGGUGCCAGAACACCCGUGCGCGGCAUGUCCGAACAUGAUUUUUUGGCCCUGGAGCGCGCAGGCACUUCCCCCUUGGACGCAGAUGAAAACGAAGAGGACCUCGAGCGCUGGAUGGGCGAGAUGACCAACAACAUGCGCGUUAGCAGGCCCCCCAUCGGACUGCGACGUAGCACUUACACGCCCAUCCGUCCCAGUCUCGUUGGCGCAUUGGAGUUCAGAGCCGUGCUCUCCUCCUUGCAGAAGUCGAGGAACAUUCAGUCAAUGCCCAUCAACUUGCGACGCUACUCGGAUGACCCAACCUACACGACCGUCCAGCAACAGGACCUUAUCUCUACCGCCUCUGAUCCUGCACCUCGACCCCCUUUUGCUGUGGCAUCCACAGCUCCCGACACCGAACCGCGCCUUGUUCGUCCUGGACGAGACAUUCAGCACAACAUGGGACAUCGCAUACGGGCCGUAUCUACUAACGACCUUGACAGCAUUCGUCUCGAUCCGAGUUCAUUGCACUCAGUACCUCAUAUCACGUUUGGUCCAGCAACCCCUGAUGCACGGCGUAGACCAUAUGCGAACAACAUGCCUCCCCUGUCACCCACCAUCUCCCUCUCUCCUCCGCCCUCCCAGCACUCAUCCAGAGCACCGAGUCUACUACCACACAAACAUAGGCACCGUUCACCCGAUCGUUUGGCACCUCCUCAUAAAGAUAGCCAGGGCCUUUCACCGGUGCGUCAAGGGACGACAACCCCGAGUCCCCUUUCAUCCCCAAUUCUCGAACCUGGUCAGCACGCACAGCCUCCAAACCUCAAGUUGGCUGUUCAUGGCACUGCUUCUCCCCCGAUACCCUUCCCCGCCUACACCGACUAUCCAUUCUUGGCCGGGGACUCUUCAAGGCCACCAAGCCUACAUCUGCCUCCGCCUAGCGCAUCGCCUCAGUCCUCAUUUCACAAAGAUUCGUUUGGAGCACGUGAUGUGACCAAGACACCGAGAUGGUGGCCGUCCAACGUUUUUCCUCCACCGCAUAUCCUCUUGUCGACCCUGUUUCCUACCAUGACAAACUGGGCGGACAAGAGUUUUUGGGAUAAGUUGCUAGGCGUAGUCGCUGGACUCCCUGUGUUUCUUCUGACCAUCACUCUUCCCGUUGUCGAGCCGCAAAAGGACGAGGACGACGUUGAUGAUGGGUUACCUACAGAUUUCGGGCUUCCUCCGCCUUUGACCCCUGCCGUCGGGAGCCUAGACACACAACAUCGCAGUCCGUUAGCCAUGCUGGCUGCAGGCGGUUCUUUCGACUCGACCAAGGCCGGGAUACCACAAACACACCGGGGAUCCAUUAGUGCUGCGACAUCACCCAAUCAGCCACCUCAGGUAUUCAUUACUGCCGCAGACAACCUUCUCCAGUCCCCAGAACAACUCCCUACUGUCCCCUCCUCCUCGGAACCGAACGAAUGGAACCGUUGGCUUGUGAUUGUGCAAACUUUUACCGCACCUUGGUUCAUUGUCUUGGUCGUUUGGGUGAACUUCCAACCCGAAGACGUCCAUGCCCUUCUACGCCAUACACUAUACUCUCUCGUUGCAUCACUCUGCAUGCUAGCUUUCAUACUCGUCACGACUAGCCCGAACAGGCCGCCGCGCUGGCGGUCCCUGUUGUGCUUCCUCGGCUUCGUCGUCGCCAUUGCCUGGAUCAGCACCAUUGCCAAUGAAGUAGUCGGCGUUCUGCGUACUCUUGGCGUUGUUCUAAACAUGAGUGACGCCAUCCUCGGCCUCACCAUCUUUGCCGUAGGAAACUCGCUUGGUGAUCUGGUUGCUGACAUUACUGUUGCGCGGCUCGGCUUCCCGGUCAUGGCUCUUAGCGCUUGCAUCGGGUUAAGUGGGAGCUAUAUGAUUUUGACAAAAGGCGAGCAUCGGCACGAGAAACAUCCUCAUCAGCCAGUCAAGUUUCGCCCGUAUCACAUUGUGGUUAGCACGACGUUGAUAGUGAGUGGGGCCACGCUGCUUGUCACGCUUGCGGGCCUGCUCGUCGCGGUGAUUGGAUGGGGACUGGUUACGCUCUGGGUUGUGUUGGGAGUUGGGAAUGAUGUCAAGUAAAUGUGGAGUUGGCUGGCGUUGUUCAUACCCGAUUGCUUUUGUGUAUUGUGUUGCUCGACUUUAUCUACUUGUUUACCCUAGAAACACUUGAAAUCGAUUGUUU